AUGUCAGACCCCAAGAAUCCUAACAUCAAAGAAAGAAACACUCCUCAAUGGGGCUUAUAUCAGAGGGAACUCUUUUGGAAAGAUAACACUGGCGAAGUGCCACCAUUUAGCACCGAACCUGGGGAUCUGGAGGAUUUGGCUAAGAGGGCUUUAACAGUUGGAGGCUGGUACUAUGCAUCGUCAAACGCCGGCCAAUCCUACACCCACCUCGCAAACCGACAAGCUUUCUACCGACAUCGAAUCAUUCCUCGCAUGCUCGUCGAUACCAAUCUCCGCGAUACCAAGACCGAGAUCUUUGGCCACAAAGUCAGCGCGCCUAUUGGAUUUGCCCCAAUUGGGAUAAACAAGAUAUACAAUCCUCUGGGAGAGCUCCCAGUGGCAAAGGUAGCGAAGGAGUUGAAUCUGCCAUACUGCUUGUCGACUGCAGGCUCGAAUCCCAUUGAAGACGUAGCGAAGGCAAAUGGGGAUGGUCCUCGAUUCUUUCAACUGUACAUGCCGCACGACGACGAACUUACGAUAUCUCUUCUGGAGCGUGCAUACGAUAGCGGGUUUUCUGCGUGCAUUCUUACAGUGGAUACUUGGCAAUUGGCAUGGAGACAUCAUGAUGAAGCAGAAUCAAAUUAUGCAUUCUACCAUGGAGUUGGUGCUGAUCUAGGACUUUCCGACCCAGUCUUCCAGAAAAGGCUGAAGGAGGCCGGCAUUGAUCCCAAGACUCAACCGAACGAGGCUGGUGCAAUGUGGAUCGACAAUGUAUGGCAUGGUCGUGCUUGGAGCUGGGAGAAGAUGCCGUGGCUGAUGGAAACAUGGAAGAAGAUUAGCGGUGGUAAGCCGUUUUGUUUGAAGGGCAUUCAAAGUGUGGUGGAUGCAAAGAAGGCUGUGGACCUCGGUGUGGAUGGAAUUGUGGUCAGUAAUCAUGCUGGAAGGCAAGUUGAUGGUGCUAUCGCGAGCUUGGAUGCUCUAGAGAAGAUUGUCGCUGCCGUCGGAGACAAAACUUACAUCAUGUUCGAUUCUGGAGUUCGUGGCGCCGCUGAUGUGUUCAAGGCGUUGGCACUGGGUGCAAAGUUUGUCUUCGUUGGCAGACUUUGGGUUUUCGGCCUGAGUAUCAAGGGUGAGCUGGGAGUUCGACAUGUCAUGAAGAGCUUACUGGCCGACUUCGAUAUCCUCAUGAAUGUUUCUGGAUUUCAAAGCGUGGACCAGAUCACACGGGACAGCAUCGAGAGCUUGCCGAAUUCGUCCUCCAUGAUUGCGGAGAAAUCGAGGUUGUGA